UGAUUCGCAGAGUUUAUAAUUGAUUUUGUUACAUUUAAUGAAUAUUGUCGCAUAAAAGACGGAUUAUCGCUUGAGUAAAAUUAAUAGUGUUGUGUCAGUUAAACGUCUGAAAAUUGUUUUCUUAUGACAAGUGUGAAAAAGUGUUUGCAUUCAAACAUGGACUGGUACGUCAUCAAAAGAGUCAUGAUGGUAUACGAUUUAAGUGUUAUUUAUGCCCGUCUAGUUUUUCGGACAAAUGGGCACUCUCGCGUCAUGUUAAGACAAUUCAUCAUCUCGUAAAGUAUGGUAUAGACUAUAAUAUUGCUAUAGGAAAUCAUGCUGAUUCGAGGGCUAUGUCAACGAGUGAAAAUGUAAAUGUUGCGGAGAGAAUGCAGGCGGGCCCUAGUGCAAUUAGUCCUAAACGUCGCCAACAAUGUAACACCGACAAUACGAUUAAAUGCUUUAAUAAUGUACCUAAAAAGUAUAAACUACGUGGAGUUGAGGCGCUAGAAGAACAUAAAAAAAUUUGUGGCGAAAACAAACCGUUUUUACCUGUAAUGCCUGAAGAAGGUACUAAAUUAAAGUUCGAGUCAUGGGGCAAAACACAGGAACAUCCAUUUGCAAUUUAUGCAGAUUUUGAAAGCCUGCUGGUCAAGUCCAACAAUGAUAUGAAAGGCAACACAAAUUGUGUUCAUGAACAUGUUGCAAUGAGCUAUGGAUACAUAGUAAAAGCAGCCGACAGUGUACCCAUAGAAUUAUUGCAACAGUAUAAUAUUCAAACGACGCCUAAAAUAUACAAAGGAAAUAAAAGCAGUGAGCCGGAGGAAAUAGUCAAUCGUUUCAUGGAUGACGUAACUGAAGUGGCGUUGAAAAUUAAAGAGUUGCUCAAGACGAAUGUUGAUAUUUGUAUGACACACGAAGAAACUGAAGAGCAUAUAAAGAAAACCUGCUGUGACUUGUGUAAAGAUAGUUUUACAGAGAAAAAUCAUAAAGUAGCAGACCAUGAUCAUUUGACAGGUAGUUUUAGAAAAACGCUUUGUAACAGUUGCAAUUUAAAAUUAACAACGCCCAAGUUUGUUAACGUAUAUUUCCAUAAUCUUAGCUCGUACGAUGGACACUUUUUAGUUAAAGCCCUUGGAAGAGAUACUAGUAGAAUAAGUGUAAUACCCGCUACAGAAGAAAAAUAUAUUUCUUUUUCAAAAUUUGUUUCAAANUGUUCGUCGAUACAUUUCGUUUUAUGA